CUACUGACGUGUCCUAUCGCGUGGUCCAUGUAGGUAGCGACCGGUGGGGACAAAUAUGAAAAACGACGACGGCGACGACGACUGAGACGAGGACGACAGCGACAGCGACGACAAUAACAACGUGGCGGUGCAACGAGAAAAAUACCAGUAUGAAGCGAAAAGCCGACAGGCAAGAGGAGACUGAGGAAAUGGAAGAGGGUUCGGAGGCACCAUUGAUUGGACACGAAAAUACUUCUGUCAGUGACAUUAAAGGAGAUGAGAAAAACAUUGCGUUUUUACUGUUCCUUUAUCUACUGCAAGGAAUUCCUCUCGGCCUUUGUAGCGCUAUACCCAUGAUACUUCAGAAUCGUGGUGUAUCCUACAAGCAGCAGGCCGAAUUCAGCUUUGUACAGUGGCCUUUCUCGUUGAAGCUUCUAUGGGCCCCCCUGGUCGACGCCAUAUACGUUCCUAGGUUUGGGAGACGGAAAACAUGGCUGAUUCCGACUCAGUACCUGAUGGGAAUGUUCAUGCUGUAUUUGUCAGGCCACGUGGAACACUGGUUGAACUAUGAUAGUGAGGGACUCAGCAUAGGAUUGCUCACCGUUUUGUUUUUUAUCCUGAAUGUUCUUGCUGCGACUCAGGAUAUAGUCGUUGACGGGUGGGCGUUGACGAUGCUUAAAAGGAAUAACGUCGGCUACGCAUCGACGUGUAACAGUGUCGGCCAAACAGCCGGAUAUUUUCUCGGUUACGUUCUCUUCAUGGCCCUCGAGUCCCCUGAAUUCUGCAACGGUUAUUUACGGUCCGUUCCCUCUGACGUUGGUAUCGUAACCCUCCCAGGAUUUUUGUGGGUCUGGGGCUGGGUCUUCGUUGUCAUUACGACCCUGAUUGCAGCUUUAAAGCACGAGGUUAGCGAAGUCGAAGAUCCACGAACCGAGGAUAUAAUCGCCGACGCUAAACGUGCUUACGACUCUCUUUGGUCCAUUAUGAAAUUGCCGACUAUCAUUACCACUGCAGUUAUUCUUUUGACGGCUAAGAUCGGCUUUUCUGCCUGCGACGCCGUAACUGGUCUUAAACUCGUAGAGGCUGGUGUCCCUAAGGAAAAAUUGGCUCUGAUGGCGGUUCCUCUCAUUCCGCUUCAGAUUGUCUUGCCCCUCGCCAUUUCCAGAUACACUUCGGGAGGUCGCCCGCUUGAUGUCUAUCUCCGAGCUAUGCCCUAUAGGCUUGUCUUUGGUCUUUUUGCCGCUUUGCUCGUCUGGAUAACGCCGAGUCUUCUUAACAACGGUCAGGUCCCGGCUUAUUACUUUGUCAUUUUGAUCGCCAUUUACGUCGUUCAUCAGAUCGCAGCGAGCAGCAUGUUCGUUGCCUCGAUGGCCUUUUUCGCGAAAAUUAGCGACCCUGCGGUCGGCGGUACUUACAUGACGUUUCUGAAUACACUGUGCAAUCUUGGAGGCAACUGGCCAGCAACUACAGCUCUUUGGUUCGUCGACGCCCUCACUCUUAGGAAAUGUAGCAGCGAUCCGUUGAACGACUGCGGGGACGCUCUCCAGCGCGAGGUUUGCACGAGCAACGACAACGGCGUGUGCGAAACGCGUCUCGACGGAUACUACAUCGAGAGUUUCGUGUGCGUUGUCAUCGGUUUCAUUUGGCUGGCAUGGGGCCGAAGAAAAAUUGAUUAUCUCCAGUCGAGGCCAAGUUCAGCGUGGAAACUAAACAAACGGAAGAGUUAGCGACAGGCUUAGGUUUACGCCGAAAGAACAUUUCGAUAAAAGCUGCCUCGGGUGUGAGAGAGACGAGUGUGUUCAGGAUCUCAAGUUUUCUCUAAAACUCGAAAAAUUGCGAAAAACAGACCAUUUCUGUUUUUAACAUUUUUUUUUUAUUUAUUUUUUUUUUUUAUUCAAGAAAAGCAGAAUUCAUCUUGGUGUUGAUCGUAAUUGAGUAUUUCGGGGAAAACUUUGCUGGAGUUUUGAAGACCAAUAGCCGAAGUGUGUGACUUUGCCUUAAGACUAAUUGUACAUAAUGGUUUAACGAGGUGUGUUUAAGUCAAAAGCGGACACAUUCGCUCAAAUCGAUAACGAAAAAAGUGACGUUACAACGAGAGUCGUUUGCUCUUUUAACCGUUCGCUCUUUCGACGCGAGAGUGAACAGCAAUAGGAUCAAUUGAUACGAAAUACGAUUAGAAGAUUUUUAUGUCGCGCUCGCAAUGGCGAAUGCGAAAGAGAAAAGAGCGCGAAGUUCUUGUUGCUUCCGAUGUAUUUGUCGGACUAAUUUUUAAUUAUUAAUUAUUCAUUAUUGUCUCGCGCGUGUUUCGUAUACACGCUCGUUUUUUUCUUGAGAUUUCACAAGCUUGUGAUAAUCGACGGAUUCGUUUAGCGCGUGGGAAAUUUUCGGGUUAGUAGACGCCGCACGGGUGAGGGAAUUAAUGAGUAAAGUCUUCGCACACAGAGUAUCUCCUUCCAAUAAUCGCUCGCGCACAUCGGACCGAGCGAUUUGUCGUCUCGUGUCCCCUUUAUCGUCAUGAGAUUACAACGACGAAUGUAUAUUUUUGUUGAACGAUUAUUGUAACGUAUUUAAUGUAAACUUCAUUAUCGAAUCUCAA